AUGACCGCCAGGCUCGCCCCCCGCCCCUCCGUUAUGGAAGCCUCUGCUCGCCCGUCCUUGUCCGUUCGCUGCCCCACUGCCCUCCCAGAGAAGGCCGCCAUCACCGAGCUCGCGAUGACGAUCGCCGAGGAGGUCGCCAGCCUCAGCCGUUCCCCCCUCCCGAUCGGGAUCGACAUGCCCCUCAAGCACUCUGGCCUCAACCCCAAGACCCUCUCCCAGUUCCACGCCUGGCUCAUGUCUGAGCACGGCUACGAUGCAUCCUACACCCGCCUCCUCGAGGCCGACACCACCCCCGAGGUCCUCGCCACCGACAUUCUUGCCACGCCGCGCACCCGCCACAGCCGCACCCUGCCCACUCCUCCGGCCAAGGAGGUCGGUUCCGGCUCGUUCGCGAGUCGCCGCGCCCGCCGUGCCCCGCGCGCUCCCAUGUCCGUCGACGUGACGACCGAGCCCGAAGAGGUCCCCGUCCUCCCGUCCGCUGCCGUCAGGCAGGGCGCCGCCGACCUGGGCAUGGCCUCCUACGACUCCUGGGCGGGCAAGAAGACCAGCCUCAUGUAUGGCUUGCUCGCGCUCGGCAUAGUCGGCUCGCCGCUCUCCCCGCCUGCGCGCGCGCCCACCGCGCUCGCCGCGCUCAAGAGCCCCGCCGUGCCGGCCUCUUUCCAGACCGGCACGCGCAUGCGCCCGGUCGCGCCCCUCGAGGACCCGCGCGCGGCGCUCCCGACGCGCACGCCCAUCUUCGUGUCCUUCAUGGACUCGGUCCGCAUGCCCGGCGUCGAUCUCGUGCAGUCGCCAUGGAUCCCGGACCGCAACUACGCGAGCCUGGACGGCGUGCUCGAGGAGCUCACCUUCCCCAGCACGCCCCACAGUUACUAG